AUGCAGUCACUAGAACACAUGUUGAUAAACAACGACUUUAUUUACGAGACACGGGAGGAACCCGGAACAGAGAUCGUAACAAAGAUCUUCUUUCUUAAUCGGUACUCGAGAGACAUGUGGCGUGCAUUCCCCCACGUCAUGCUGAUUGAUGCGACGUACAAGACAAACUUAUACAAUAUGCCAUUUAUCCAGAUUGUUGGAGUCUUCAAUUACGUGUACGAUAACUGGCUAAAAGACUAUAAGGAGAUGUUCGUCUUUGCGUGGACCGAUAAAAGGCGCAACUUUGGUAAUCUUAUCACAAACAGAGUUGAGAGCCAACAUGCCAACUUAAAGAGAUAUGUCCUGGAUAGGAGCUCGCUGGACCGUGUAGUUGGUUGUGUCUGGGAUAUAGUUGAGACACAGUUUGGUGAAAUAAGGAAGACUUUUCGAGAAAGCAUCGAAAAAAGAAUGAACCACCACAAACACCCGCUGUUUCAACACCUACUUGGAAAAGUAUCCCAUACAGCCCUUGACUUGUUGAGUGGAGAGGCAAUUAGGAAGCUAAAUGUCUUGGAGCGCUUUCAUUCAUCAUGUGGUUGCCAAAUGUGGUACAGUUGCGGGUUUCCCUGUGCUUGUAGGAUUGAAAAGUACAUAAGUGAAGAGCGUCCGAUUCAACUCAAAGACAUAGACGUCUUCUGGCAGAAACUUAACUUCCAAAGUUGUAAAUUGAUAGACGAUGACGUUGACGUGGUCGAAGAGCUAAAUAUUGUACAACAAAGGUUGGACGAGGCCUCUCGUAUAGAUGAAGAAUUGAGGAGAAGCUCCUUCGGUGAUGCAAACACGUGCUUUGAAGGUUCCCGACAAAGUAAGUACGAUAAACCUCACCACAGCUCGUACAUUCCGUCACAGGCCUCUCAACAGUCGGUUAUAAGGUCCCAAAAACCCAAAGUGAGCCUAAGUCGUUCAAAGAGCUCUAAGAAGAAAGAGACACGAGAUGAUCAUGGUUUUCCUUUAAUCAUUGGGGACGAGUACAAGGGAAUCAUCGAACGGUUUAAGUCUGCCAUUCCGCUAGUGUUUCAUCCGCACGUCUCGUGCAUACGAGAUGUGUUACCGGACGGUCAUUGUGGGUUUCGGUCUGUGGCUGUGGGCUUAGGUAUGGAUCAGAGUUCAUGGGGGCUCAUUCGAAGGGACCUUGUCCAAGAAAUGGAUCAGAACGAAUCGAUCUGGUUCCCAAUAUUUGAAGCAUGGGAUGAAGGUUAUUUUUACACGCAUCGUCAGGGCCUAAUUUGGAAUUCAGUGUCUGGUUGUGGGGAGGAUCACUGGAUGGACUUCCCCUUAGCAGGACUUCUUAUUGCACAAAUGUACGGUAGCGGGGUGCACCUCUUAACGACAACCAUGGGUGUGAGUUCCACUUUCUUCCCGAUACUAAGUCCUCCGGCUAAUCAACAACCAUUAUUCAUAACACUUACACAUGUUAACGAGAACCACUUCAUACAUGCUAAGCUCGAAGGGGAUUAUCCAAUGCCACCAGCACAUGGGCUAUGGUUGACCUACCGAAGACCCCAUACGGAACAAUGGGAAGAUAUGUACUUGCCACGUCUAGAAUGGUAUACAUCGAUAAUGAAUCCUUCGCCAAGAUCAAACCCCAGUCUUAAUUAUAUCGAUAGUGAUACGGAAGAAUGA